AUGUCGACUGUUAAGAUUUAUCCACCUAAGAGGGGUCCACCAGCCUCAGAUAACCCGCUUCCUCAAACCAUUAGGACCCCGUCUGGACUUGCUCUUGUUGAGAUGCAGGGUACGAUCAACCUCCCCCAGUUCAAUCAUGAUGGGGAUAGCAGCAGAUCUCAGCCUGAGAUACCCAUCGGCAAGAUCAUCUUCCCCGACUACCAUCCAGAUAUUCAAGAGGAAGGCAGCACGGCUUGGAUGAAGCGGGUAUAUCUUUAUGUCGGUCAGCACCAAAGACUCCAUGGUGAAGUCAAGAAACUCCCAAGGGCAAUGGCCAUUAUCCGCAAAAAGGACGAGACCAGAAUUGGCACGAAUGGAGAGCUAGAGGAGGAGCUUGAAAUUGCCGAAAUCGUUAAAUACAAGGUUAUGUUUUCCCAACGGCCUGAGCCCGUCGGCACUGAGACUUCAUAA